CACCACAUGAAUAGAACGUUCUAGGCCGUUCCUAAAUAACCACGCAGAUUGUGAUUUAAAAGCAGUUGAAGAAAGGAUCCUUAUCUCAGAAACAAUCCUCACUGCUUCAUCACAUAUUACCAUCAUGUUGGCUGCAACAGAGAAAGCCCUUGAAGCUGAGAUGAAUCGUCUCAAGCUUGCUGUGAAGACUCUUCAAGGCGAAGAUAAAUCUGAAGAAAUCUAUAUCGGUAGUUAUCUUCUAGCUAGGUUGGAGGAAUUGGGCGUUACAUCAAUGUUUGGUGUUCCCGGGGACUUUAACCUUGGAUUCUUGGAUCUCGUCGAAGAUCACCCUACCAUUGAUUGGGUUGGUAACUGUAACGAGCUCAAUGCUUCCUACGCUGCGGACGGUUAUGCUCGUGUCAAACAAGGCAGCGUCGGGGUGCUACUGACAACUUUCGGAGUCGGAGAAUUGUCAGCUAUGAAUGGAAUGGCAGGAGCCUUUUCCGAAAUGGUCCCUAUGGUCCAUAUCGCUGGUGUUCCAAGCUUGAGACAACAAGCAACCAAGCCUAUGUUACAUCAUACACUUGGAGAUGGACGAUUCGAUGCAUACAUCAAGGCGGCGGAGCAAUUCACCUAUUCUCAAGCUAUUCUUACCAACACAGUCUCGGCUGGUGCGGAAAUCGAUCGAGUUCUCUCCGAUUGUGUGAUCAAGGGCCGCCCAGUAUAUAUUACUCUUCCCACCGAUCUGGCCUACGCUAAAAUUUCCUCUGAUCGACUUAAAAUUCCUCUUCCUCGUCAUCCUUCUCCCAAUAACGCAGAUGUAGAGUCCUUCGUUAUUGAUGAAAUCGUCAAGCAGAUAGCAGAAGCUGACGGAGACGUCGUCGUCAUCGCCGAUGCCUGUGCGAUUCGUCACGAUGCUAUCGAUGAGCUAAAGGAUCUACUUUACAAGACUGGCUACCCCGUCUAUUGCGCACCUAUGGGCAAAAGUGCCAUCGAUGAGACAUAUGAGCGUUACGGUGGGAUCUAUGUUGGUAGCAUUUCCCGCCCCGAAAUCAAGGAGAAAGUCGAAUCCGCCAAACUCAUUCUUUCCAUCGGGAGUUUGAAGAGUGACUUCAACAGUGGAAAUUUCACCUACAGUAUUCCUACCACAAGGACAAUAGAGCUGCACUCGCAUUGGACCAACAUCAAAUAUGCAGAAUUCCCGAAUAUCGGAAUGAAGCAACUUCUUCCCAAACUCACUGCGAGACUUGAAGGAGGGAAGGCCAAAGCAUUACAACUCGAAGUGCCUCGCUUCGAUGCCCACGUACCUCAAGAGACCGACGACAUCAUAUCGCAAGCAUGGUUCUGGCCGAGGAUGAGUAAGUUCUUCGAACCCAAGGAUGUUGUUAUUGCAGAAACUGGCACAUCAAGCUUCGGAAUUCUCGACGUCCCUUUACCUAAGGACUCAGUCUUCCUAUCUCAAAUUCUGUGGGGUUCCAUUGGUUGGACAGUCGGGAGCACUCUAGGUGCCGCGCUCGCGGCGAAGGAUUGCAACUUGAACAGAACCAUUUUAUUCGUGGGCGAUGGCAGCUUGCAACUCACUGUUCAAGAACUUUCUACAAUGCUUCGUAAAGGCCUCAAACCGAUUAUCUUUGUUUUGAACAACAGUGGCUAUACUAUUGAGCGAUUCCUCCAUGGGAAGGAAAGGAAGUACAAUGAUAUCGUGAACUGGAAGUGGACAGGUCUUCUCGAAGUCCUCGGUGACCUCGAUGGAACUCUCUCUAAGUCAUACACCGUCAACAACAAAAGCGAGCUCACUGAGUUAUUGGAAAACCCGAAGUUUGCGGCUGCCGAAGUCCUUCAACUUGUAGAGGUCAUGAUGCCCAAGCACGAUGCUCCUCGAGCACUGCAAGUGCAGGCUGAGCUGAGUGGCAAAACUAACCAGUACGCUUUGUAGACUGUAGACUUUAUCGUUAAAUUACUUGUGGAUUCGGCAAAAGAAUCGGUGCCAUGUAGAUCAAUUUUUAACUUACUUCAUGUUACCUCAAUACAGAUAGAAUGUAAUAGCAUACUCUUACCACAGCAUUGCAAUCUCAUAUGCAUACUUCUCACUCAAUCUCACUCAUCAUUUUC